CCGGCGAGCUAGAGAGAGAGAGAGAGAGGGCGACCGAGCGAGCUAGAGAGAGAGAGAGAGAGAGAGAGAGAGAGAGAGAGGCGAUGGCGGAGGAGCUGGUGAUCGAGACGGAGAGGGUGCGGAAGUUCGCCGGCGGCCUCGAGUCCCAGAUGAGCGCGCUCUCCGCCUGCGCCCGCCUCUUCGCCGCCCUCUCCGACCGCCUCGGAUCCCUCCAGCGCUCCCUCGACGACAAGACCCGCGCCGUCGAGUCCGGCCUCCAGGCCCUCGCCUCCUCCUCCGUCGCCGCCACGGAGUCCCUCUCCCGCCGCGAGGGCUCCCUCCCCGGCCGCGAGUCCGCCGCCGCCGCGCUCGUCGAGGAGCGCAAGGCCGCCGCCCUGGCCGACCUCGGGGGCCCCGGCCCCGGCCCUAGCGGCGGGUCCGGCGGGCUGGCGGAUUCGCUGCGGUCGUUCGCGCGGCGGAUGGACUCCUCGGGGCUGGUGAAGUUCCUCGUCUCGAAGAGGAAGGAGUCGGCGUCGCUGCGGGCGGAGAUGCCGGCGGCCGUCGCGGAGGCCGUGGACCCGCCGCGGCUCGUGCUGGACGCGGUGGAGGAGUUCCUGGAGAACAAGUCCGCGAAGGUCGGGGUGGCCGAUAAGCGGUGGGCGUGCGGGCUGUUGGUGCAGGCCCUGUUUCCGGAUGCGAAGAGGGCGGACGCGCUGCGGCCAGAGUAUGCCCGGAGCGUGGUGGAGAGGGCCGCCGCCCUCCUCGACGCCUGGAGGAAGCAGGUGGAGGGCGUUAAUGGGGCCGGCGGGGCGGGAGAAGAGAGUGACGGAGCGAUUGGGCCCGCGGAGGCGGUCAUGAUCCUUCAAAUGGUGGUGGCGUUCGGGCUGAAAUCGAGGUUCGACGAAGGUUUCUUGAGGAAGCUGGUGGUGGAUUUCUCGCGCAGAAGAGACUUAGCUAAGCUCGCAGUAGCUCUAGAUUUCGGGGAGAAAUUAGCAGACAUUAUUGAGGAACUGGUGAAGAAUGGUAAGGAGAUAGAGGCUGUCUAUUUUGCUGCUGAGGCGGGCAUGACCGACAGAUUUUCGCCCGCUUCACUUCUGAAGUCGUACCUGGGUAAUGCCAAGAAGAACGCUCAAAAUGUGUUGAAGAGCGGCAAUAACAGUGUGGUCUCUGCGGAGGAGGCUAGUACUAUCGAAUUGAGCGCUAUCAGGGCAGUCGUCAAGUGCGUGGAAGACCAGAAACUCGAGUCGGUCUUCCCUCUCGACAGCUUGAAGAAGAGAGCCGCCAUUCUGGAGAAAGCCAAGGCAGAAAGAAAGAAGAACUCAUCUUCCGGUAGCAAGCCUUCCAACAAACGAGCCCUUGGACCCGGCGGUAGCCGCAGUGGCGGACAACCUUCAACCCACCCAGCCAAGGCAGCUAAAUUUGCUAAUCCUAGCCCAUCGUUCAACCGGAGGAACCCGCUUCCACUUGCGCACCUCAGCUCUGCUGUAAGAUAUUCCACCCCUUACAGCUAUCCUGGCCAGGGUGCUUAUGAAGUUCCGGGCGUAGCUGCAUACACGCCGCCAUAUGGGAGGACCAAUGCGUCGCCCGCCUAUGGGAGGUCCCACAGUCCGGCCGAAGCUCAAAUCAUAAUCCCUCAAGGGUAUUCCCCCACCUAUUCACCCAUCGUCCAGAGACUAACCUAUUCGCCCAUCAUGGACACUAGCAGCAGCGCAAGUUCAUAUCGCGCGGGUACAUAUCUACCGCCACCAGGAUCGAGUCAGGGUCCGCGCAAUCACGACACGCAGCAGUAUCCGUCGUCUUACGGGCAGUAGUAGCUAGAUCACGAGACGAUCGGCCUUGAGGCCGGCAGUUUUUCUUAAGCUCUGCUAGGAAAUCUCGGCGGGGACUGUCCUGUUAUCCUGAUUUAUCUCUCAAUUAUAACAUCAUCUAUCGCACUGACUUCAUCGCGUGUCCCAUGUUUAAGUUCUUCCCUGAUCGAAUAUGAGUAAUGGUAGAAUGGUAGGAUCUUGAUCC